UUAUUAUAAUAAAUGGUCAUAAUUAAUUUCAGUGAGGAGGUUGUGAUGGAGGUGGAGCGCCUGUGAGCGCCUCAAAGAUCCGCAGAUCAUCAGACACUCGUGAAGAGACAUAACACAGACGAGAACGAAUCCUGAUGCUCUCUAGCGCCCCCUGUCUGAGUGGCAGAUAGUGCACCAUGAGAAGAAGCCAGUCCCUGCUGCUGUUGUUCAUCCCACUGCUGACCUCUGAGGUGUGUUACUGUGGCGAUGUGGUAAUCACGGCGAGGAUGCCAGCAGAGGAUGAGACAGAUAUCCCAGCAUCCCCCACUAAUGUGAGAGUGACACGUCAGCAGAUCCUUUCCGCCCAGUUUGAGUGUUAUCUCAAAAUCAUGUACGACCCUCCACAUGCUGAAACAGGCCCGUACUGUAAUCGCACGUGGGACGGAUGGCUCUGUUGGGGAGACUCUGCCCCCGGAACCGCUGUACAGCUCUGCCCCUCCUACUUCCAGAACUUUGAUCCAUCUGAAACAGUGACCAAAGUGUGUAACCCUGACGGUCAUUGGUUCCGUCACCCAGAAAGUAGCAGACUGUGGUCAGACUACACCCAGUGUUCUGCCUACACCACACUGAACCUCAAGCUUACUUAUGGUGGCUACUAUCUGGCUGUGGUGGGACACGUCCUCUCCAUCAUAUCACUUCUGAUUUCCAUAUUUAUCUUCUGCUACUUCAAGUGUUUGAGUUGCCAGCGGAUCACUCUUCAUAAAAACAUGUUCAUGUCUUUCAUCCUGAAUUCAGUCGCCACCAUCACUUUGUUUCACUUUGUCACUGGAGCAGAGCAGGUGAAACCUGACUCCUCUCAGAUUGGCUGUAAAUUCCUGAUGAGUUUAAUCCACUACACGUCAUGCUCAAAUUAUUUCUGGAUGCUUUGUGAGGGAAUCUACCUGCACACGCUCAUCAUAGUGGCGGUGUUUGUGGGGGAACAGCAGCUGGGGUGGUACUACGUCCUCGGGUGGGGUUUUCCCUUGAUUCCUGCAGUUAUGCACGCUGUGGCGCGACUGCUCUUCCACGAUGACAACUGUUGGAUGAUGAACAUAAAACUGUUGUACAUUACACACGGUCCGAUCCACGUCGCUCUGUUGGUGAAUCUGUUCUUCCUCUUGAACAUCGUCCGGGUCUUGAUCACUAAACUGCGGGUCACUCACCAGACUGAGACAAAUGUCUACAUGAAGGCGGUGCGGGGCACUAUCAUCCUGGUACCCCUGCUGGGAGCGCAGUUCAUCCUGGUGCCGAUGCAGCCCAGUGGACGCAUUCCAUUCGCCAUCUACAAUUUGUUCAUGAACAUCUUCUCACAUUUUCAGGGUCUCCUGGUGGCCAUUAUCUUAUGUUUCUGUAAUGGAGAGGUGCAGUCAGCACUCAGGCGUAAGUUCGUGCAGUAUCGCAGUCAGUGGAGACGGCGUCACCUGGUGACAACCGAUUCACACUGCAACUAUCACAGAAACUCCUCCAUCACAGAAACGAGCCGCAUAACUGUCAGUCUUGACCAAGUCCCGUGCACCGCAAGUGACAAGAAGCAUGCGCUCAACGGGCAGAGCAACGGCAAACUCUACUCGAACGGAGAACCCCAGAAAAGCAAAGUUCUAGAGUCAUCUGAUAUCUGAAGAUGCAUCAAGUACAUCAAGUAUGCAUCAAGUACAAGGAAAUUCUGUUUACACAACAGUCAUUCUCACAAAUGCACUGUGACAUCAUAAUUCCAUCUGGAGACUGUGGCGCUGUUUACACUUUAUAUUGACAUCCAUGUCAGGUGAUCUGAUUACUAGUGGUCAGCGCUAAAUACAGGUGUGAACAGGGUCCAAAACGCUUUGCGAUCUAAUUACUCAAACCACUUUUCACGUCAAUUAUAAGCUUCACAUAUCUGCCGUUAAACCCUCCAAAAAUGGGCCCCAUUCACUUCCACUUUUGGUGUUAAUCAACAUUAUGCCACAAAUGCCAUCAAUUGAGUUUAACCUGGAAUAUUCCUUUCAAUUCAAAGAGUUAAAAUAAAAAUAAAAAUUCCAAAGGAAUAUUUCCACUUUGUAUUUCUGAAUUAUACGUUUAAAACUUGUUUUGUUGUAAAUAAGCUCUUAGAUAAGCACUUGCAUUUUCCACUGAAUGUAUCUGCUUUAUGAGCCCUUUGAGAAGUGUUUUUAUUAUUUUGAGUGACAUUAUAAUCUUUUGUUAAAGGCGAUAUGAUGUCGGGGUGCAGUUGAUUUUUAUAGCGCUAUUGGAAAACAUUCCAUUUUUAUGUGUUCAUAUAUGUGAUAUCACUAUUUGUGUAUUGCACACAAUGAAACUCAAUAAAAGUAUUGCAUUGAGAGUU